AUGGAUUUUGAGACUAACGAGGAUAUCAACGGUGUUAGGUUUUCGUGGAACGUUUUCCCAUCAACCAGAACAGAUGCUAAUAAGAACGUUGUUCCAGUUGGAUGUCUUUAUACUCCUUUGAAGGAGAUUGAGGAGUUGAACAUUGUUCAAUACAAUCCAGUGAUUUGUUCUGGUCCACAAUGUAAGUCCAUUUUGAAUCCUUAUUGUAUUAUUGAUCCAAGAAAUAAUUCUUGGACAUGUCCAAUCUGUAAUUCAAGAAAUCACUUACCAACUCAAUAUUCAAACAUGAGUCAAGAAAACAUGCCAGCUGAAUUGCAAAACACCACUAUUGAAUAUAUUACCAAUAAGCCGGUUCAGAUCCCUCCUAUUUUCUUCUUUGUUGUCGAUGUGACUGCUGAAAAGGAGAAUUUAGAUGCCUUAAAAGAAUCUUUGAUCACUUCUUUGUCUCUAUUACCACCAAAUGCUUUAAUUGGGUUCAUUACUUAUGGUAAUACUGUAGAACUACAUGAUUUGUCCAGUGAAAUUAUCGAUAGAAGUAAUGUCUUUAGAGGUGAUAGAGACUACCAAUUCGAACAGGUUAUUGAAAUGCUAACUGGCCAAAAGCCUUCUUCAAAUAUGGGGGCUUUGAAUGGUACUAUGGGUAAGAUUACUCCAUUUUCUUUGAACAGAUUCUUUUUGCCUUUAGAACAAGUUGAAUUCAAAUUGACCCAAUUGUUAGAAAAUAUGAUCCCUGAUGAAUGGGCUGUUCCUGCUGGUCAUAGACCAAAAAGGGCCACUGGUCAAGCUUUGAACAUUGCUUCUUUGUUGUUGCAAGGUUGUUACAAAAACUUCGCAGCAAGAAUCAUCUUAUUUGCUUCAGGUCCAGGUACCAUUGCUCCAGGUUUGAUCGUCUCUUCUGAAUUGAAAGAUCCUAUCAGAUCUCACAAUGAUAUCGACAAUGAUCGUGCUACUCAUUAUAAGAAAGCUUGUAAAUAUUACAAUAACAUCGCUCAAAGAGUCGCCGAAAAUGGUCACGUUGUCGAUAUCUUCGCUGGUUGUUAUGAUCAAGUCGGUAUGUCUGAAAUGCAACAAUUAACAGACGUAACUGGUGGUGUCUUAUUAUUGACAGAUGCUUUUUCAACUGCAAUUUUCAAACAAUCCUACUUGAGAGUCUUCGCUAAAGAUGAAGAAGGUUAUCUGAAGAUGUCUUUCAAUGGCCAAAUGGCUGUAAAGACCAGUAAAGACUUGAAAUUGCAAGGUAUGAUCGGACAUGCGUCUGCUGUCAAGAAAAGCGAUGCUAAUAAUAUCAGUGAUACUGAAAUUGGUAUUGGUGGUACUUCUAUUUGGAAGAUGUCUGCAUUGACUCCUAAUCAUACUUAUGCAGUAUUUUUUGAAAUUGCAAAUACUGUUACUAGCAAUGCGCCAGUUCCAAAUGAUUCCCCACGUUUGGCUUACACUCAAUUUGUUACAAGUUAUCAACAUGCUUCUGGUACAAACCGUGUCAGAGUUACCACUGUCGCAAAUCAAUUAUUGCCAUUUGGAUCUCCAGCAAUUGCUGCCUCUUUUGAUCAAGAAGCUGCUGCUGUGUUGAUGGCAAGAAUUGCUGUUCAUAAGGCUGAAAAUGAUGAUGGUGCUGAUAUUAUAAGAUGGAUUGAUAGAACUUUAAUCAAGUUAUGUCAGAAAUACGCUGACUAUAAUAAAGAUGAUCCAAUGUCCUUUAGAUUAGCACCAAACUUUUCACUAUACCCUCAAUUUACUUAUUAUUUGAGAAGAUCCCAAUUUUUAAGUGUUUUCAAUAAUUCUCCAGAUGAAACUGCCUUUUAUAGACAUGUUUUUACAAGAGAAGAUACUACUAAUUCAUUGAUUAUGAUUCAACCAACAUUGACCUCAUUUUCAAUGGAAGAUGAGCCACAGGCUGUCUUGUUGGAUUCUGUUUCUGUUAAGCCAAACACUAUCUUAUUAUUAGACACUUUCUUCUUCAUCUUAAUUUAUCAUGGUGAACAAAUCGCGCAAUGGAGAAAGGCAGGUUACCAAGAUGAUCCACAAUACACUGAUUUCAAAGCUUUAUUGGAAGAACCUAAAUUAGAAGCUGCUGAAUUAUUAGUGGACAGAUUCCCAUUGCCAAGAUUUAUCGAUACUGAAGCAGGUGGUUCUCAAGCUAGAUUCUUGUUAUCCAAAUUAAACCCAUCUCACAGUUACCAAGACGCCACUCAUGGUGGUGCGACGGUUGUUUUAACUGAUGAUGUUUCAUUACAAAACUUUAUGUCCCAUUUACAAUCUGUUGCCGUUAGUGGUCAAAAUUGA